AUUGUAGGUUCCAGUGCUGGAGCUGGGAGUGGGGAGUUUCAUGUGUACCGACAUCUUCGUCGGCGAGAGUACCAGAGGCAAGAUUUCAUGGAUGCCAUGGCUGAGAAGCAAAGACUAGAUGAGGAAUUCCAGAAGAAACUGGAGAGGAAUAAGAUGAUGGCAGAAGAACAAACAGCAAAACGCAGAAGGAAGCGCCAGAAGUUAAAAGAGAAGAAACUGCAAGCUAAGAAAAAUAAACUUGAACAAAAGAAGCAGGAAAAAGAACCUGAUCAAUCUCAAGAGCAAGCCAGCAGCGAGGAUGAAGAAGAGGAUAGCAAGGAGGAAGAAGAGAAGGAAGAUGAUGCUGAAGAGCCAAGUUUUGUGAUGGGAAGAGGAUGAGGCCUUUCAGGGACAGCUGGAAACACUGCUCAUUGCUUUAUAUUCAGAAGCAUGAAAGUCUUUCAUCUCAGCCAAGCAGAACCCAUUGGCAUACGUUAUAUCUGCUUAACAGUGAAUGACCUGCACGUCACAGGCCCAAGAGAUAUUGAUAGAGAAAUGCCAGAUAAGAGAUUCUUUUCUUAAUUGCUUGGAUAACUGCUGUGCAGUCUGCUCUAAGUUUGCUCUAAAGAGUCAGCCAUAAGUCUCUGUGACCCUAGAGUUCUUUCUGACAUGGCCCAGAGUGUUUUUCUGCCUGAAAGCUAAAACAUAUCCAUUAGCUUUUAAGGAAAAUAUUACUGUGAGGGCUACGUAUUCUACUUAUGUCGAAGCUGGUAGCAGUGGGAGACAUGAAUCUAAGGGAAUUAAAAGUUUAACCUAAAGUAGAAAAGUGAUCUGUAGCCAGACUCUCCUGCACUGUGAGUGUUCUGAAUUUGAGGUUUUGUAUGGGGUCAUCUUUAACCCAAAGAAACCAGUUUAUGUUGCUAGACAAGUUCUAUAGAUUUUUAAGCAGGAUCCCUUUUUUAUUGCUAAAACUUUCCCUAUUACUUUUCUUCCGUGUUUUUUAAACGAAUAAAGGGGAUGUGUUGGAUU